AGGCAAAGAGAGUCUCACGCGUAACGUCGCUGUCUGAUGAUCAAAAGUUUGCGCAUAAAUAUCCACUUACUUUUGUUAACUCAAUUAUCUACUUUGAGUUAGUACUAUUUCAGUUUCUGUUCGAGACAAUUCGCUCGUUUUCCUCAUUACAAAAGCUUAUAAGUCGGUACAAACUACAAAGCAUAGAAGCUGGAUCCACAACUAUAUAUAACCAACAUUACCAUAAGGGUAUACAUGUAACUCCGACAUUUCCCAUAUAUAAGCAUUCUCACAAUCAAAGAUAACAUCUCAUCUUCGAUAUAGUUCGACUCCAUCUUACAGACGUAUACACACUUUGUUUAUAUUCAAAACAAUAUGGGAUCUUUGGUGAAAGAGGAAACCUCGUCGUUGAUGACGAAGUUUUUGGAGAACUGCGGCGGCUAUGCGGUGGUGGACGGAGGGUUUGCGACGGAGCUACAACGUCACGGGGCUGACAUCAAUGAUCCACUUUGGAGUGCCAAGUGCCUUAUUACUUCUCCUCACCUCGUCACGAAGGUGCACUUGGAUUACCUCGAGGCUGGAGCAAAUAUCAUCAUUACCGCAUCUUAUCAGGCAACGAUCCAAGGAUUUGUGGCAAAAGGUUUAUCGGUGGGAGAAGCAGAGAGUUUACUGAGGAGGAGCGUUGAAAUCGCGUGCGAGGCACGUGAGAUUUUCUACAAUAGAUGCACCAAAGGUUUGUGGGAUUUCGACUACACUGGAAAAGCUUCUGGACGACCUGUUCUUGUCGCAGCUUCCGUUGGUAGCUAUGGAGCUUAUCUCGCCGACGGAUCCGAAUACAGCGGGAUUUAUGGAGAUUCUGUGAGUAAGGAGACAUUGAAAGACUUCCAUAGGAGAAGAGUUCAAACCUUAGAGAAAUCUGGACCUGAUCUCAUCGCAUUCGAGGCUAUUCCAAAUAAGCUCGAAGCCGAGGCUUAUGCGGAUCUUCUUGAGAAGGAAGACAUCGACAUUCCGGCAUGGUUCUCCUUCACUUCUAAGGACGGAGUCAGUGUGCCACGAGGAGAUUCGGUUGUAGAAUGUGCAAAAGUGGCAGAUGCUUGCAAGAAAGUGGUGGCUAUCGGAAUCAAUUGUGCUUCACCAAGAUUCAUUCACGAUUUGAUCAUCUCCUUGCGCCAGGUAACCCGCAAACCAAUCGUUGUCUACCCAAAUAGUGGAGAAGUCUACGACGGUCUGAACAAGAAAUGGAUUAAGUCAGGGGAAGAGUCAGAGGAGGAUUUUGUGUCGUACGUGAGUAAAUGGAGAGAUGAAGGUGCGUCGCUGUUUGGAGGAUGUUGUCGGACUACACCAAACACCAUCAGAGCCAUUGCUAAAGUUCUCUCCGGCGAAUCUCCCGCAGCAUCAAAACUCAAAUUUGAGCAGUAGACUUGUCAACGGUGAGUUUCUAUGCUUGUUCCUUGUGGUGUCAGGAAGGAGUUUGGAAUGUAUUAUAACGUGUGUAACUUUGUAAUCUACUAAACUUAUAUACGUAAGUUGGGACUUGGGGUGUUUCAUCUGGUUUGUUGGUGUUAUGAAAUAAUCAAUUUAUGUUGAAACUAAAAAUGAUGGUAACUAUGUACUAUUUUUAGUUUGCAGACAUAA